AUGCAGAGAUGCCACGAAGGGACGAUUGAAGACUGUUUGACAUUAGCGAUCUGUGCAGUAACAACCCAACGUCUCAAGAUUGAGCCGUACGCUCAGGAGUUGAGUGCACAGUGGGCCCAGAAAGCCGAAGACUUCCUCUUGCAAAAUUUGGAAAGUCCUUCCACUUCUCGACUGCAGGCUCUCAUCUUGGUCGUGCGAUACAGGGUGGAAGUGGGCCACUUCUCGAGGGCUUUUAUGCUUGCUGCACUGGCUGGCCGAUCUGCCGUUGCGCUGCGACUGAACUACGAACGCCCUGAAUUGCGUUUCUUGGCCCAAGAGGUUCGUCGCCGAUUGAUGUGGUCGUGUUUCGCCCUCGAUGGCAACUUCUCCGUGGGCCUGCGAGAAUUCGAGACGUGCCCGCCAGAGAAUGUCUUCCUCCAACUCCCGUGUCCUGAAACGGCAUUCGAGCAAGAUGCACCAGUGGAAACAGCCCCAUUAAGGGCAACCUCUUUCGACAGGCCCGAGCGCAUUGGCACCUAUGCUGCAUGUAUAAGGCUUGCGGCCAUAAGAACAGACAUCAUGAGACUGACGCGCCGGCUUGCGUCCUCGGUGGUUCCACCUGAGGAGCUCAUGCAUACGGUUCGGCGAUUUGAAGACGAAUUGCAGCAUCUGUACCGAAGCCUUGCCGACUCUGAUCGAUACAAUGCCAAAAUAUUCUCCUACUGUGAAAGACCGGCCAGAAUUCUCAUGGUGCACGAGUGUUGGCACCAGGCAUAUACUGAUCUGUACCGAAUCUUUUUGACAGGGUAUAGAGAGGCCGCUCCUCCCUCGGCCUUAGAAGGCAUCAAUCGUGAAGACAUCCUCCGCAGGCGCGCACUUUGUUUGAACCACGCAUUGUCAAUUGUCCAGAUCUUUGCAGCAUUCUCUGAGCAAUGUAAGGUCCUGACAAUCGACUUUGACACUGCAAUUUGCGCGUACCAUAGCGCUCGAAUCAUCCUCUUUAGUGCUCAAACAGAUGUUGUCACCCAAAGUCUGAGUAUGCCUGCGGCUCUGGAAAAGGCUCGCUUUUGUCAGUCUAUCAUGAACAGAUUCUUUGGUGCCUCUCCUGUAGUCGAGCCGAUGAAGAAAGAACUCGAGAUGCUCAUUGCGCGCCAUUCGUCUCAGAAUACCAACGUCGGCAUACAACUCCCUCAGCCCGAAGAAGUACUGGAGGACCAUUUAUCAAGACUUGCAGAUGAAGCUAGGACCAGACAGCGCCUGGCAAUCCAUAGUCUGAUAGGCCGAGCAGAUUUUGUGGACGACAGCAAUGAAGUGACCAGUCCUGCACCACCUCGGGACAUCAAUUCCAACGGCAAUUCGGCUGCCUCCUUAAGACCGCAACGCCAGCGUCAGCUAAGGAAUACUAUGAAUGUCAAACCCAACCCUCAAAUCCUCCGCUCUCAGAGUGUCCCUGGAGCCACCCAAUCGGCACAGGCCAAACAGGCUGAUGGAACCUUUGAAAGCGGAAGCAAUGAACCAACAAAUUACGCCCAAGAAGAUCAGAGCCAGUGGCUGGACGGCAUGCGUCUCGCCUUUAAUCCUUGGAUGGGAUGGCCCGAAACGUUAGAAACAUAUGGAUUUUCGCAAGAUCUAGACGAUGAAUACUUUUAG